ACCGAAUGGUAAACCCACUCUUUCCCAAAACCCUUCUUCUUCUCUCUCUCCUCGCCUACUCUGCUCCGUCUCUAGUUUCUCUGAACUUUGUUGUUAUCUUCUGCUUUAGAACCUGAGUUUCAAUCCUCGCAUCCUCUGAUUGCGUGGGUUUUGUUUGAAAUUUGAUUUCUUUUUGGUUCCAAGUGUUAAAAAUCGAAUCUUUGCAGCUGACUUCUCGAAUUGUCGUCUCUCCUUGUCAAGCAGCUUCUUCCACAGCUCCAAACCAGAUGUUGCUUUUGAGACAGAGCUCAGCUGCUGUUCUUGUCUCUGGGAAUCCAACUCCUGUCCUCUACACUUCUCGCUUUACUUCCAGAGUUGGGUGUAUUCCAGUGAGCAAAACGUUCUCCUCCCAGAGUUUCACCAUGGCAAAUCUUCACAAGCGUCUUACUUCUUCACCUGAGAAGCUGAAUCCUGUGUUGUCCUGUAGCUCUCACGAGGCUUCUCCUAUAAGUGAGAAUAAAGAAGCUGACCAUGUCCAUGGAGUUUCUGAGAUAAUUGUGGGAGUAUUGGGAGGUGGACAACUGGGUCGUAUGCUAUGCCAAGCUGCUUCUCAAAUGGCUAUCAAGGUUAUGAUUCUAGAUCCGUCAAAGAACUGUUCAGCAAGUUCAUUGUCCUACGGCCACAUGGUUGAUAGCUUUGACGACAGUGCUACAGUUGAAGCAUUUGCUAAAAGAUGUGGAGUCUUGACCGUUGAAAUUGAACAUGUUGACGUGGAAACGUUAGAGAAGCUUGAGAAACAAGGAGUAGAUUGCCAACCAAAAGCCUCUACCAUCAGAAUAAUACAGGAUAAGUACAUGCAGAAAGUUCAUUUCUCUCAGCAUGGCAUCCCACUUCCAGAGUUUAUGGAGAUAAGCGAUAUUGAAGGAGCGGAAAGAGCAGGUGAACUUUUCGGAUACCCUCUUAUGAUCAAGAGCAAGCGGUUAGCUUAUGAUGGACGCGGAAACGCAGUUGCCAAUAGCCAAGAUGGGCUUUCUUCUGCUGUAACGGCUCUUGGAGGUUUUGGUCGUGGUUUGUACGUCGAGAAAUGGGCACCGUUUGUCAAGGAGUUGGCUGUUAUUGUGGCUAGAGGAAAAGAUGGUUCCAUGGUUUGUUAUCCAGUUGUUGAAACUGUUCACAGGGACAACAUAUGCCAUAUAGUCAAAGCACCAGCAGAUGUGCCUUGGAAGAUCAACAAACUUGCCACUGAUGUUGCCCAAAAAGCUGUUGGUUCAUUAGAAGGCGCUGGGGUUUUCGCAGUCGAGCUGUUCUUGACAGAGGAUGGUCAGAUCUUGCUAAACGAAGUUGCACCUAGACCACACAACAGUGGCCAUCAAACGAUCGAGGCAUGUUAUACUUCACAGUUUGAACAACACUUGCGGGCUGUGGUUGGUCUUCCACUAGGUGAUCCGUCGAUGAGAACUCCUGCCUCCCUUAUGUACAAUAUUCUGGGCGAAGAUGAUGGAGAAGCUGGUUUCAGAUUGGCUCAUCGGCUUAUUGCGAGAGCUCUGAGUGUUCCAGGUGCAUCUGUGCAUUGGUAUGACAAGCCAGAAAUGAGAAAACAAAGGAAGAUGGGACACAUCACUCUCGUUGGGCAGUCUAUGGGUGUUCUGGAAAGAAGGUUGCAGUGUAUAUUAAGUGGACAAAGCGAUCAAGUACAUGAGACACCUCGUGUGGGUAUCAUCAUGGGUUCAGACUCGGAUCUUCCUGUUAUGAAGGAUGCUGCAAAAAUUCUUGACAUGUUUGGUGUUACAUAUGAGGUGAAGAUAGUUUCAGCUCAUCGCACACCAGAGAUAAUGUUUUCAUAUGCAACCUCAGCGCAUAGUAGAGGCGUCCAAGUGAUAAUUGCAGGUGCUGGUGGUGCUGCUCACUUACCAGGUAUGGUGGCUUCACUCACUCCUUUGCCUGUGAUUGGUGUCCCUGUGCGUGCUACCCGUUUGGAUGGAGUUGAUUCACUUCUCUCCAUCGUUCAGAUGCCUAGGGGUGUUCCUGUGGCGACAGUUGCAAUAAACAACUCCACCAACGCAGCCUUGCUUGCUAUCCGGAUGCUGGGGAUCUCUGAUACUGAUCUCGUCUCAAGGAUGCGUCAGUACCAGGAAGACAUGAGAGAAGAGAACAUGGUUAAAGGAGAGAAACUUGAGCGACAAGGCUGGGAAUCUUAUUUGAACCAGUAAAUAAUAUUACUGGUCAGAAGAUCUUGUUGAGGGAUCAGAGAGUUAGCAUCGGUUCUUGAGUUGUUGUCAUUGGUAUUUGGUGGUUCCCUAUUGAACCGGUUCUUGUUGUUGUCAUUGGUAUUUGGUGGUUCUUGAGCCGUCAUAGGCCACAUUCAACUGUAGAUUCGAUAUUUUUAUUACUAACACAAGUGACUUUAGCAAUAAAAAACAUCCAUAACA